CUGUCGAGUCCGCCUAGGCACUUCGGUAGGUACCAAGUACCGAGUACAACGUGCAACGUACAAACCUUGCAAAGCCAAGAAGCACAUGACAGCGAGUGGAGGUCCCGCUGGGAAGAGCUGCAGGGGCACGCAUCGCGCCUGCUCUGACGCGCCUCACUCUAUCGGUCGCGUUGACUUUGUCACUCACGCCCGUGAUCUACCAGAAGCCGAUGGUUUGGCCCUGACGCGACAAUGCCGACGCUGCUGUUGGCGGCCCUCGAAUGAUUCAAGUGGAACGCCCCUCGCGCCUGACAAACAUGACCAGCGCCUUCUCUCAGGACUUUGUCCAGGCAGAUCGCCUGAUCAGGCGCCGCUAUGUUCAGAUCCCAGGCGCGCAAAAGCACUUGCUGGAGAGGUCAGACGCCUGGUCCGAGAGCCUCAGCCAGGGGCCCCACGGCAUGGCCAAUGUCCCUCCAGAGGUCCUCCAGAAUGUCAAAGACUUCUAUGCACGCAAACAUUCGAGGCCGCCGUCACAACAACCCAGUCUCGCUCGGCCCCACUCGGCUGGAUCAAGCGCACCGCCCAAGCUGAUCAAGAGCGAGCCGCCGUCAAGCCCUCGAGCCAGCCAGGAAGACCAGGUCGGCGAUAAUUGGGGUACGCAGAUGUCCUGGUCUCCAUCUCCGCCUCGUCCUCCGCCUGGCGAUCGCCUGGUCCAACCUACCCAACAGCCAGAGCUCACCUCAUCACUCAGAGACCAGCUGCCUUCUCAGCCGGAUCUUCUGAAGAGGAAAUACCCACACAUCUCCUUGGGUGGUGGCACCCCAAGUAGCUCGGCCCAGAGUGACACAGUGCCGUAUGAGCCUCUCUCGGCCCUUGGCGGGAAACCACAGCCUCCAGUCAACCGUGGUGCAAAUCCAGUAGCGGCAACGCAGUCGACUCUGCCAGCCGCUACACCUCCAUCUGCUCAGGCUGAAGCUGUUUUAACCACUCUAAGCAACACACGCCAAGCCGAAAGUAUAACAGUCCGCCCUUUCAACAAGCGAAGGCGUGUAGAGGAGAUGGAGCCUUCGGACAAAGAAUAUGAGACAACGGGGCAAAAAGAGCCACCUCUUGAGUUUGAGCCGAGGCCGCAACCCAUGGAAACCCAUGACGGUUCCAACACUUCAAGCGCGAGUGCCUCCAUGCCAUCUUUCCCUUCGCAGGCUGCUGUGCUCCAACAUCAGCCUGGUGGUGCUCUGCAGGCGGCGUCUGCAGGGGGGCCACACGAACAAAGCUCAUCUAAUUGCACACCAACCUACGAAGGCCGCCCUCGCGAUACUCCCACACAGCAGAAAAACAUCCUUCGACACAUGGGUUCCGGAUGGUCCAUGCCCCCGGCCCCGGCGCAGCCGUCCGCUGAGCCAGCUCAUCUGGACGUUGUCAUAUCACCCCAGUCCAACAGUGAAGACACCGUGCCUCAUCGCACGCCAUACGAGGAUUUCAGGGCGGCGUAUCCGGACUAUGAAGAGAGCACCAGGGCCUUCAUCAGGGCGUGCCUAGCUGUUAAAAGGUUAGAGUCUGAACGCGCACUCCCAGAAUUCCUGUACGACGAUUUCGUUCGGGCGAAUUCGACGCUGUACCUGGACUACUACGAAGAGGCGCAGCGAAGAAAGUACAAGGAGGUACUCAAGCCCAUACAUUGGUAUAAUGAGAAUGUCAAAGACAUAGUCUACGCCAAGAAGAUCAUCCGAAGAGACAAUUUGUCUGCAAUCUUGAACGCACAUUCAAUCGCAGUGCGCCAAGUCAGGGAAUCCAUCCUGGCCGACUCCGAGCCUCCUGAAUCGACCGAUGAAGCCAAUUUGAAGCACGAUGGUGAUGAGCACGUGGCAAAUGAUGGGGAUCUGGGCCGAGAAGAGCAUCUAGGACCAGAAGAUUCUGAUAUUUCUGAACCUCGGUGCUCGCCAGAAUUCCACGUUUCUUCUCCUGGGCCAGUGGCAGCCAUAGCACCCGCAGUGGUUGGAGAUCACGACCCCAAGGAGACAGACGGACCGACCACGAUAGUGCCUGCUUCCUCUCGAAAAAGGCAAUACACCGAAACAGUGGAGGAAGCCCAUUCAGACAGCUCGCCCCCAGAAGAUAUAGUUGUAUCAGAGGGCUCUCAUAUGUUCAGAACCCACUCUACAUUCAACCCUCAGGAGCCAGAAACAGUUCAGGACAGAGGCGCCCCUUUGAGAGAGGCCACCCCAGGGAUUGCGGGGACACCUCCGAGCAGGAAGUCCCCGAACCAGAGCCAGAGUCGCCGCGACGCAGCCACAACUGCUGGUUCAGCUCUCAAGUUGGGAUCUAGUCAGAGGAAGUUUCUAGCGACACUGCAGUCAUCGUCGCCGUCGAGCGUUACUGCGAGUGUCAAUAGGUCAGCCAAUGACAAAGCCACAUAUGCCCCCUCCAAAAGGGCGGCCAGACAGAACUCGCCAGCAUUUCUGUCACAGGCCGAAUCCUCUGAAGACGAGUCAGAGUCAUUUGAUCCGCCCGUCAAGAAAGCAGCCUUACCACCGUCGAAACCGGCAAACAACGACGAGCCAGCGUUCAUGACACAGGCAGAAGCAGUAUAUGAGAUACCCGACACGCCUGAUCGGCCGUCCGAAGAGCCCAUGCCACCAGCUCCUCGGCAGUCUGUGGCAAGAAGCCCCGUGGCCUCUCAGGCGCGCCCCGUGCAAGAGCAGGCAGCAUCAGCUUUGAAACAUGAUGGAGCGGGUCGGGGGCGUAUCCAUAAGAACGAAAGCACUUCGUCCCGAACAUCGAUCGGCCCGAGCAUAGGAGCCAGAAGGAGCCCAGCGUCAUCUAACAGAUCGCGCGCCAGUUUGGAUUUGUUCAAGCCACGGGUGGGGGAGACAAAAGAGCAACGGAGCAAAAGGAACGUGGAGCACUUCAAGAAAUUCUUGUCAAAGAAGACGCCCGGUUCGACCCCAGGAACUACAAAGUAGCCUGUUUUUCAUUACAGUUUGGUGCUGGGUUGCUUCUCUGAGUCGGGAUACACGUUUACCAACAUUGUAGUGUGGCCGCAGUGGCGUGGCAUCACUUUUUAUUUUCAUUUUAUUUUUUUGGCAGGUCAGAUACCCUUAUCAAAUUCGCAAACCCUGAG